CCAGACCUUUUCGGUCAAAUAAUCACAAUGUUGACCAGGGAAAAACCUGUGUUAUCUUGUUUUGUUGAUUUUUGUUUGUGAUUGACCGAAAUAAAUAUUAACUAACUAACUAACUGAUACAAAAUAUCUUCUAUUUUUUAAAAUUGAGGUGACAAUUUAAAGUGACCAUAUCUACAAAAAGAAAGCAAGAGCUUUUGUAACACACUAAACAAAGCAUUGCUAAUACCCGGGUUGAUAAUUGUGUGCAGUUAAGGUCAUCCAGCAUAAGCAGCUAUAGGUGUUCGUCACCACAGUCUCAGGUCAGGUCGGGAGGAUUAAAGCAGGUACUUGGAAGAAGACACAAGAGAGGCUUCUGCUAUUCUUAAUCUGGAUAGGUAGCAAUAACCUACUCUUGUGCAAGCCUGCUUCAGAUCAGCUGCACGUCUCUGUCAUCAAUGCUUAGUUUUUAGAUAUACUUCUUUUCUUUCUUUUUUUGUCUUUCGACUAGUUUCUUCACUCCUGCCAGGAUGGACCUCGGCAAGGCAAAGCUGCUCAGGACAGGUCUCAACACUCUACACCAAGCCAUCCACCCCGUGCACGGGAUUGCAUGGACGGACGGCAAGCAGGUCUGCCUGACGGCUCUUUACUUCAUCAACGGUGAAGUAAACUUCGGAGACACCAACGUCAUUGGGCAGUUUGAGCAUGUUUUCGGACUCUCCUGGGGCCCCUUGUGCUGCUCUGACUCGCCCGCCCUGCUGGCCGUGCAGCACAAGAAGCACGUUACGGUGUGGCAACUGCAGCUCAGUGCCCUGGAACAGAACAAGCUCCUGUGCACUCAGACCUGUGAGAUGAGUGAGCCCUUCCCUCUGCUCUCUCAAGGCUGUGUCUGGCAUCCCAAACUGGACAUCCUGGCCGUGUUGACUAAAAGAGACACUUCUGUGUUGUUUUCUGUCAGAGUGGACAACAGGAGGGUCAAAGCGGACAUCAAAAGUAGUGGACUCAGUCAUUGUGCGUGCUGGACUAAGGAUGGCACACGCCUCGUGGUGGCUAUGGGCAGUGCUCUCCACUCUUUCAUUUGGAAUGACAUCCAGAAGAGUCUGGUGCCCUGCUCCUUCUGCCCCAUUUUCGAUGUGGGGGGCUACAUUUGUGCCAUUGAGACCACGGGGGAGGCUCAGGUAGCAGUAUCUACAGAGCUGCCUCUUGAUAAAUUAUGUGGAUUAAAUGCCGGCCUAGCUUUUGACGUACCCGAAGAGGCAGAGUCCUCGCAAGGCCAGAGCUCACACGUGGGCAUGUCAGACGAUGACAUGGUUCUGGACUCGAGAAGGAGAUCGUACAUCCCCAGCUCAGGCCCUCUUGAUCUUACCCAUCUCCUUGCGAGGCAUCGUCGCUCGGACCCCAGCCCUCUUCUCCACUUACGUCGCCGAGACACCGUGACGGGCUCCGGCCAGGACUCCUCGCACCUGGUCCUGGUUACGUUUGAGCGGAAGGUCACUACCACUCGCAGAGUCAGCAUCCCGGGGAUCCUGGUCCCCGACAUCGUUGCUUUUGAUCCACGUGCCUCCACGGUUGCGGUGGCCUCUAACAGCUGCAGCAUGGUUCUCGUGUACUGCAUCACGGUUUCUGCAAUGCCCAACAUCCAGCAGAUCUCUCUGCAGCAGAACGACAGGCCCAAAGGCGUUUGCUUCCUCAGUGACAAGGUGCUGCUGUUGAUGGUGGGGAGGCAGAAGUCUAACGACCCCGCUUUUCUCCCGUCGUCCAACACAGACAAAUAUAUUCUCCGUCUCAUAGCCAAGGAUUUAACGUGCGACGGUGGGACAUCGAUUACACCAUCCCCCUCUGCUCACAACCAUGAGUCUUCGUCUAAUUUCUGCGCAGGGAUUAGGAGGAACUCAAAGGAUGACAGGGAGAACCCGGGGAUAAAAGACUUGGUGUUUCCAGGAAGGGGGGUAGUUUGUUCACCUGGGAACAGACGCAGACUCGUUGAAGAGGUGAAGAGCGCCGAGCCCAGCCCCAGCGCCAGCUCUGUGGACUUCUCUGAGCGGUCAGAAAGAGCCCCGUCCAGUGCCUCCUCCAUCGUGGGGGAGAAUUUCAACAUGGACCACGUUAACCGCAUAGCCAGCCUGGCGGUGGUCAGCCAGGCCAGCAGAGAAUCCAGUCGAGCCAGCUCCCCGGCUCGCUUUUUCGAACCAUCAGAACGGAAUCACACAGAGCACACGGCAACCUUGCCGGAAAAGACGUCCAGUGCGUCCAGGGAGCGUUCGCUGGAGCAGCUUGUUCACAACAUGGAAAGGCUUUUUACACGCUUCGCAGAUGUGCAGCAGUGCCUGGCGGAAAUGAAAGACUACACGCAGAACGGAAAGAAGAACACGAGUGUCUAUCCCAGUGCGAGUGAACCCCCGUACGUCAAUGUCACAUGCCAGAAGCAGUUAUCAGAAAAUGUGUUUAUUGAUGAGAGGAGGCCGGUGCUGCUGUGUGACGGAAAGCUCUGUCUGCGCGCCCUGCAGGAUCUCUUCAACCUGAGCGUCAUGGAGAUGAUGUACGGACCUUUGUGGAUUGUGCUCGUGGCUGAUGUGGAUGGCUUCGUGCCUCUGGCAUUUAAGCCCAAAGACGAGCUCACAGUGAGAAACGGAAAAAGGAAAUCUGCUUUGCGGGCUCUUGGGAGUCCAGAAAACUCCUGCCCGUCCAGUCCAGCCCCCAGCCAAAGUCCCGGUACAGCCACAGAGGCGUCGGCAUAGCGCGGCCCAACUCGCACCUUCACGUACGGACUCGUAGAGACGUAUUCCCCCGUUACCUUAAAAUAUUUGACUGGCAUCCAGCGUUCAGGGAGCAGAAACACAGCAAUACUGACAAUUGAUUUUUGUAUUUAAAAACUCAAGUGAUCUCAUAAGGGCUGCCCAUUCAGGUGUAAGUUUACAUGCUGCUGCUUCGUUGUGAAUUUUAAAACAAAACUGGAGGAAGUUGUUCUUUUCUCUUUAUGGCAAAAUACAAUUAUGGUUGUUUAUCUGCUUUUUUUUCACACCUGCUGAGCUGGAUAACACUCCAGUUACUGUGGUGAAAAUGUUUUAUUUAUCUUUAGCACAUGCUUUCACUUGCUCUAAUGUCCUGGUGGGCACAAGAAUAAUUAGGGGCAAUUUUUAAAAAAGAAUGAGAGACAAAAAUGAUCAUAUUUGUUAUUGCUGGAGCAUCGCAGAAUGUCAUGGCAGCGUGAUUUACUCCAUAAAUGUCUGGUGUAGCACUUUUUUUGUUUCAAAGUUUCCCUCAAAUGUUGCAAAGUCAAUUAAAUGUUAAUGUUGCUGCCUGCAAAAAACCUGUCAUGCUUGUACUGCCUGUUAACGCGUCUGACCACAAGAAGGAGCCGCCGGUUCAUGCACUUGUUUUACAGCGUUCACCAAAGAAAGAACACCCACCAGUCUCUACAACAUUUAUUCUUUUUAUAUGAAUCUUUUUGUAAUCAUGAAUUAUAAAUAAAUAACAGCAUUGUAGAGUUAACCACAGCAAAUAAUGAUAUACAUUCAUUUAUAUAAAUUAAUCUUUUUAUAUGUUUAUAUAUCCAAGAUGACUAUACAGUACAGGUGAAAACAGAAAAUGUUUACAUUAAAACAAUUUAAAUAUUAAUCAGUGUAAUAUACACUAAAGAGCAACCUUCCAGAUGCAUUACUGGAAUCCGUGGCUUAGUGAAUUCACUUCAUUCAAGAUCCAGCUCACACGCUACUCAAAUCUUCCAUUGUUCUGGAGCCAAUGCUUUGUUUCCUGCGAGAGACAUCAGUAUCAGUGAUGUGCUACAUUCAUAGCAGUAGUGGAAAGUAAAUACAGUGCAAAUGGAAAGGUUUUUUUGGACCUGAACAUUUUCUCUCUGAUUGACGGUAACAAAGAUUUUUUUUUUUGUCAUUAUUUUCCACACGUUUCUCCACGAUGAUCAUCAAAAACAAGUUUCCAGAGUGUUUUUGUUAAGGUAAAAGCACAUUUUUUGUACGGAACCCUCUGCACGGUACCGCUAAGCUCUCCUGCAUCCUUUUCUAUCGGUAGUUUUUGAGGAACAACUCGACUGGAGUCCCCCUGUGGCUAAAUGUAUUCCCUGGACAUAUCUAAAUAGGCUCACAUCUGACUAUACAAGGACACACGUGUGGUUGAAUACAUCGAGAAAUGUCUAUAAACCUAAUCUGAGGAAGGAUGCGAUAAAAUUCAAUUUGAAUUUGAAUAAAAAAGUGUCUAAAAGCAAAAAAAUCGUUGACAAUUAAAAACAAGUUUGUAGCCACCAGCAGACUUCUUAGAUUGUGCCGCGCUGUCAAAAAAGACCCAGAGCUCCUUUACAGGGAUAGAAGAGUGCAAGAAGAGGACAACCAUAUCUGCAGCACUCCAACAAGUAAACUUAGGAUUUUUAGUGUAAAGACUGAAGCCAUUUCUCAGCAAAUGAGACAUUCAGGUGCCCCUUGACUCACUAACUGGCCUCCUAUAACCUUUGUGGUUGCUAAAGCAUAGUUGUUCUGGUUUGAUAAAAUGAAGGUUAACCUAUCUAGCAACAAUUUGAAAUGACUUGUUGGGAAAACCAGAUAACAACCAUCGCAUUAGUGCUGCAUGUAGGGUUGCCACCUUUCAGAAAUAGAAAUAAGGGACGCCCUGAUUUCAGCAGCGCAGGAGCCAAAAAAAAGCCCCAAAACUUCUAAACUGAAUAAAAAUGUGUUUAUUUUAUAUGAAAAAACAAAAUGCUUUGAUUUAAAGUUUAAAGUGCUUUAAUAGCAUUGAACUUGCAUGACUGUAGAGACAGACAACCAUACUAGCAACUGAAAUAGCCUCCUAUUCUAUGUAUGUCCACAUCAGCCCAGAUGUAGAAUAUACAUACAGGUGAAGAAUAUGGUGUAAAAGUUAAUUUAUUUCAAUAAUUCAACUAGAAUAUGGUGUAAAAGUUAAUUUAUUUCAAUAAUUCAACUAGAAUAUGGUGUAAAAGUUAAUUUAUUUCAAUAAUUCAACUAGAAUAUGGUGUAAAAGUUAAUUUAUUUCAAUAAUUCAACUAGAAUAUGGUGUAAAAGUUAAUUUAUUUCUAUAAU